AUGUUUCGUAAACUAUUUUCGUUUAUUCUAUAUAUACUUUUUAAAAUAUCUUGGUGUCAAUUAAUUGAUUUAAAUAUUUGUCCUAAUGGUCUUACUACUUCACCAUCAGAUUCACAAUGGCCUAAAAUAUUUCCAAAUCGUUUUGAAAUUUUUUGUGAAAUAACAACUGAUGUUGAAACUUUUGAAGUUACACAAUUAUUUGUUGGAUCUCAUAGAGAUAUAAUUUAUUUUCAUAAUUAUGAAACAAAUUUACAAAGAUAUUAUGAUUUUAAUACAAAUGAAAUAUUAACUAUUAGUGAUGAAUUAAAAUGUGAUCGUUCACAAAUAGAAUCAAAUCAAUAUUUAUCAUUUAUUACUAGUCAAUAUGUCAAACCAUCGAUUUUAUUAGGUUUUGAUGGACGGAAUAAUUAUAGUAUAGGAUUUAAUACACGGUAUAUUGGAAAAGAAAUUAUUCGCAGUGGAAUUUCAACAAACAAAUUCGAAUCAUGUUUUUAUAUAAAUCAAGAAAAUUUAACUAUUAAUGCAACUUAUUAUUUAAGUGAAUCUCCACCAAAUGAAAUCCACACCAAUGCGGCACCAGAUCUUGUUCAAAUAGAUGUUCGGUCAAAUAAUUAUGCAUCUACAUAUAAUAUUAUUCGUUAUGUAUCAAAUCCUUCACUUACUAUUACAACACCAUCAGGUGUAUACUGUCCAAAUCGAAUCAAUACAAAAGAAUUUCCAGAAAAUUUACCAUCGCGUUUAUUAUUACAUGCAGAAAUUUAUAUACCUAAGAAUAAUGAUACUCCGUCAAGAAUUGAAUCAUAUGAUCGUUUUAUUGAUGAAACAUUAAAAUUUGAACGAAUCGAUUAUAGUAUAGGCAAAAUAAUAACAUCAACUUCUCCAAAUCGAAUACUUAUUGAUUAUUUAACAAGUUUAAGCUAUAUGUAUACACGUGAAACACAACAAUGUACAGUAAUGAAUGCAAGUACUCAUGCAAUUGAAACAACAAAUGAAAUAUUAUUUCAAUUCGGUGCUACUAAUAAUUCUAUUCAAUUUCAAUAUACUGGUUUAACAAAUUGUGGACGUGAACAUGUUCAAUGUCAUAGAUGGAUUGGUCAACGUGAUUUAAAUACAUUAAUUCAACAAUAUGAAUGGUAUUGGAGCGCACGAUAUAAUGACAUUGAUUUGUCAGAAUUUAUUCCGAUUAAAGUUGAUAUGACAACAAUAUAUAAAACAGGAUCAUCAAAAACAAUAACUCAAGAAGCCAAUAUGUUCAAUUAUAAUCCACGACCAAAUUCAAUGGAAUCUAUUGAUUCAACGCUUGGUGAAUGUUAUAGAGCAUUAGGACCAAGUCAUAAUUUUAAUUAUGCUAUCCUUCGUAUGAUACUCAAUAAUGAUGCUAAAUAUCCAGUUCAUCGACAUUUAUUAUCACUUGAAAAUCAUCUACAUAUUCAAUUAGCAAAUGAUCUUAAAAUUCGUCAUAUUCGUUUAUCAUCUUUUGUUAUAGAUACAACACGUGAUACAACAAAUCAACAAGAUCAAGAUGUUUAUGUUACAUUUAUACUUCUUGAUAAUCCACCUGUAUCAUCCAUUUCUCAUAAAGAAUUAUCCUUAUUAGAAUUAAUUCGACAAUUAGCUAGACAAAUAAAUGAUGGAAAUUUUUAUGUUCGAGAUAAUGAUGGAGCUUUUGAUUUACAAGCUCGACCAAAUAGUCUACGAAUAUUAGUACUUUCUUUAUUACCAUCAGAAAAUUAUACAAAUUAUUUUAAUGAAACAAUAUUUAUUUAUCAUAAUGUUACACAAACAAUUAUUAAACAGAAUGAGAAAUUAGUUUAUAAAUAUACAGGUGCAAGAAUAGCUGCUUUAUGGACUGGUUUUGCUUUAUUUGGUAUUAUUGUUGCAUUAGCUGUUGGCUCUUUUAUAGCAAUAAGAAAAUGGACACCAAUUGUUAAUUAUUAA